UUGAGCGAGAAAGUAAACGCUCGCUCGAUUUUUAGUUUAUUAAUUUAUUUGUGCUAAAACGAAGUUUUGCAGUUUAGUGAAGUUGAUUUGUGUAUUGUUCACCCGUUGCAAUGGCUAUGCAACCUCACAGUAAAAAAAGAGUGUGCUAUUAUUACGACAGUGAUAUUGGCAAUUAUUAUUAUGGCCAAGGUCAUCCUAUGAAGCCUCACCGUAUACGUAUGACUCAUAACUUGUUGUUAAAUUAUGGAUUAUAUAGAAAAAUGGAAAUUUAUAGACCACACAAGGCAACUGCCGAUGAAAUGACCAAGUUUCAUUCAGAUGAUUAUAUCCGCUUCUUAAGGUCCAUUCGGCCUGAUAAUAUGUCAGAAUAUAACAAACAGAUGCAAAGAUUUAAUGUUGGUGAAGAUUGUCCAGUUUUUGAUGGAUUAUACGAGUUUUGUCAACUGUCCGCGGGUGGUUCAGUUGCUGCAGCUGUUAAACUAAAUAAGCAGGCCUCUGAAAUUUGCAUAAACUGGGGUGGGGGCCUCCACCAUGCAAAGAAAUCGGAAGCAUCAGGUUUCUGUUAUGUGAACGACAUUGUCCUGGGAAUCCUUGAGCUACUAAAAUACCACCAGAGGGUGCUGUACAUAGAUAUUGAUGUCCACCACGGGGAUGGGGUGGAAGAAGCUUUCUACACUACUGACAGGGUGAUGACAGUCUCAUUUCAUAAGUACGGAGAAUAUUUCCCAGGGACAGGCGAUUUGAGAGACAUUGGCGCGGGAAAAGGCAAAUACUACGCAGUGAACAUUCCCUUACGCGACGGUAUGGACGAUGAGUCGUACGAGUCUAUAUUUGUGCCCAUAAUAUCCAAAGUGAUGGAAACAUUCCAGCCAAGUGCUGUUGUAUUGCAGUGCGGGGCUGAUUCACUCACAGGUGACCGAUUGGGAUGCUUCAAUUUGACAGUACGUGGUCACGGUCGCUGCGUUGAACUAGUGAAGAGAUUUGGUCUACCGUUCCUACUUGUUGGAGGAGGAGGUUACACAAUCCGCAAUGUAUCUCGGUGCUGGACAUAUGAAACAUCCGUUGCCCUCGGUGUGGAGAUAGCCAAUGAGCUGCCCUACAAUGACUACUUCGAAUACUUCGGCCCAGACUUCAAGCUUCACAUAUCUCCCAGUAAUAUGUCCAAUCAGAACACACCAGAGUAUUUGGAGAAGAUAAAGAAUAGGCUCUUCGAAAAUCUACGCAUGUUGCCGCACGCACCUGGUGUACAGGUGCAAGCUAUACCUGAAGAUGCGGUUAACGACGAGUCUGAAGACGAAGAUAAAGUUGACAAAGACGAACGGCUACCACAGAGUGAAAAGGAUAAGCGUAUAACGGGUGACGGCGAGCUGUCGGAGUCAGAAGAUGAAGGCGAUGGGCGCCGCGACAACCGUUCGUACCGCGUGCCGCAACGCAAACGGCCGCGUUUGGACAAAGACGCACAGCCUAAGGACGACGUUAAAGCUGACGACGCAAAGGACGACGUGAAGAACGCGAGCAAUAUGGAAGAGCAAAAGAAAGAAGUGACGUCUAAUGCUUGAUCCGCGCAAUAAGUGACAGGUGUUCGUUGCAUCCACUAAACGAAGGCCAACGAAAAGAGAUAAUUAACAAACGUUGACAACAUUUGCGUGCGAGUGAAAAGGACGCAGAUACUGUCCUUCUCACUACCUCCUUCCGUCUCUCACACGAAAACAAACGUCAAAGUUGGUUUAUAUUAAUAAUCUCAUUUCGUUUGCUGCAUUUUAGAUGGCCUUACAGUAAUCUUGUCGUCGAUUGGAACUCGUACAAUAUGGCUCUGACUACACGAUUUCCAAAUCAUCAUACCAACCCAUUACCGGCCCACUACAGGACAUGGGUCUCCUGCCUCAUUGAGAAGGGGUUAAGGCCGUAGAUUUCCUUAUAUAUGCAGAAAAUUCCUCUUGCGGCUACUUUUUCAAUGGACGGUUCUCUAACAGACAUGACACUAAUUUCAAAAUUCAAGCAUUUUAAGGUAAUUUUUAAAUUUUACUUCUCUCUGAUACUGCACUGUUGGUAGGGCAUUGCGAAUAUGAUAGGCAGUCAAACAAAAUUUUAAAACAUCAUCUGAAACUGGAAUUGGAUAUGAACAUGCUGUAAGAGCCUAAUUGAGUAUGGAACUGUUUGUAAAUAAUGUUCUGAAGUGGUUAAUUAAAAGCGUAAACCAGUUUUGGUAAAACUCUACUGAAUACCGAGAAUUAAUUUAAUUGUUAUGAUCGUCUUAAAUAUGUAUUGAAGGUUUUUUGAUAUUUCAUCAUCCUAAUCAAGUCAAGCUAUUUACGUCGCUGUAGUACCAACCCUAGGUCUAAACAAUUUUUUUAUAUAUUUUGACUUAUUAUUAUUAUAGACGAAACACCACUAAAACUUCAAAUUAUACGUUUGGUCACCUUAGAUUUUAAAGUGUAGUGUAGUAUCCGGGGUUUAGUUAUGUGCUAUCCUCUUUGAAUAGAUCGAAAUAUGUUAUUUAAAAGUGUAGAGGCAAAAAGCCCACGUGAAGUUUAUUAAUAUAGGCAACAAGGCGUUUCAAGUUUUGAUGCGAAACAGCAAAUACAAUUUUUUUUAUUUAAAAUGUAACACACUUUUUGAAAAGAGCUGCUAAAAACGGACCAGGUAUAUCUCAGGAUUACGAAUUUGAGUAAACAUGAAGGGCGUAGCACUAAAAGUUGACAGCAAUAAAUAAAUAAAUAAUAAUAAAAGCAAAAAUAUCAAAUAAUCCAACUCCGAAUGGCUCACUCUGUUCCACUACUGGCUGUAAUACAUUAUUUGAUCGAUAUAACUACCGAGUUCAGUCAAUAAUCGCCGUUGGUUGCAAUAUGAUUAUCACACAUAGAGUGGCAGCAAUAGUUUUAGGUAUUAAUUUAAAAAAAGUUCCAACUAAUAUGUUAAUUUAAAUAUAAAAAUUAAAAAUCUCCAAUAUUAUUUUAAUUUGCAUUUACAUAUCCUGGUACUAAUUUUGUUGUAAAUAAAUCUCUAAACUAAACGAAAGUAUAAAAAUAGUGCAAUCCUUUCAGGUCUAUUAAAUGUGUGACCUUGCACUGGAAUUGUGUGGUUAGUUUAGGCUUACUUCGCCAGCCCACAACUGCAUGUCAUUUUCUUAGAAACUGCUAAAAACAAGACAUUUUCGCGCCGAUUGAACAAGACUGAAUUGUACCGAUUAUGCCAGCCGUAUUUAAGCAAAUAUUGCCUUUAAGUUAGAAAGUCCGCUUAUUCUCUCAUGUCUUAUUAGGUAAAAAAUUCUAUCAUUGCUCUUUAGUAUAAAAUUUAUUUAAAAAAAGGCAUUUAUCGUGGUUUUUCUCAGUUCAUUCAUGCGAACAUACAUUUAUAAAAAUAUUUUUUAUGUUAAGUAUUUUUUUUUUAUUUAUUUAAACUCACUUGUUUUUUUUUUAAAUUGUUACUACUUUAUAGUGAACUGUGAAGAUUGUUUACAUGGUAAGAUAGGUCAGACAAAAUAGAGUACACGUAUUACGUGCUUCCGUUCUCAUCUGCCGUCAUCCGUAGCUUCGCUGGAGAGUUGCGGGCGUUUAAGAUAGGACGACUCAGAUGAUACCAGCGGUUUUAUGGAGCACUCAUGUCCAACGAAACUAAUCCACGCCUAUAGUCACGUGGGAGACAAAAUAUACAAUAAUGUGUUUAUUUGAUUUUCUUUCGUGACGCGUAAUUAAGUUGCAUAUCUCGACAACGUUAAUGGUUUUCAUAAGUUUAUUUUUGAGUUAUUCAGGUACAGCACUAUGAUUGAGUAAAAUGGUUCUAGUGUCCCAUGUUUUAAUAGGUACAUUUUGUACAACCGUUUUUGUUUUGCUAUGGGGCUACAAGAUGUAUGGAGGAACUUAAAGCUUCAAAACAUGUGACUUUAGUUUCAUUUUAAAACAAGUGCCAUUUAACUCAGAUGUUUAUCAGAAGCUUCGAUGCCUAAAUGACGUCGAGAUGUACUACUCAUACUACCUAAGUUUAUUUGUAAUUAAAGUAAGACACAAUUUUAGAUAGCGAGUUAAUAUUUUGUAAUAAGUAAGGUUUCAAAAUUCUCUGUAAAUAAAUAAUAUUUUUUACAAAAUUCAAUUCUGUAGUGAUAAAUUUAAACUUAAAAUUAAUAAUAAUUUCGUAUUUAACUAUUAUAGUAAUAAUAACGAUUUUUACAUAGGGGGUUUAUGCGAUCUCAAGUUUUAUGUAAAAUGUGUGCGUUUUUUUGCUUAAGUGCGUUCGAAAAGAUAUCAGACAGACAUUUAAACUUGCAGCCAUAUGCAUCAAGGCAUUGCAAGACAGGCGAAGACAAUGCCAAGACUGUUCGAACCAACGCCGAUUGGGAUUAAAAGUACGCAAGUAGCAAAUUUUCAAGCAACUAAGUAAAAUUGGACCCAUUGGUUUGCUGAGGUCCUUUUUAUUUCGCACUUUAAGUAUGAAAUCGUACCUAUAGUGGUUGAGCUCGAUGUCAGCACUAAUAUAUUCGAAUAUAUGUAACUUAAGUAAAAUGAGUGCCUUGAAGUUUUUAAGUAUUGUCGUAUUACUUGAUUGUUUUUGUGAGUGUGCGUGAUUUGACUGGCAAUUAUCGGUUCGCGCGCUUAAUUAAAUGGUGCCAGCAGCGUCAGCUUUAAGCAUUCACUCGCUUUGCCAGUAUGACUAUGAUAGUUUAGUGUUUUAUGAGCGGUUCGGUAUGAUGUUUAAGUUGAGUUUAGCUCAGACUAUCGAAGUGUAGGUUAAAUAUAACUACGCAUACAUUACUGCUCAGGAGAAAAUACAAACUUAUAAUACGCUGGUACAGUAGCCAUCUUAUUAAAUGUAUUCAUUUACAGUGUCGUCUAGGUCUUUAGCGCUGUUCACAGAUUGGCUGCCUAUUCCGCUUAUAUGGCUCGUUCCCACCACUAUAGCUCAAAUCAUACUUAAUUUGUUUCAAAUAUAAUAAAGCAAUGCCAACGAGACGAGAAACUUCAGUUAUUUUAACCUUGUAUUUCUUCACGUUGGUCUUACUUUAAUAUAAUUUGUUUUAGUUAGAAAAUAGUUAUUGUGUUUUUCAUUAUAGAGUUCCUUUUGGUUAAUUAUAUAGGUACGGCAGGAUGCCUAUAUUAUACUAAACAAAAUAAAACAUGACAUUGAUUAUGUGACCUCUGUAAAAAAAUUGAAUAAACAAAUUAUUGUUUGUAAAAACAUUUUCAACGCAAACUAAGCGGUCCUUAUUGAAAAUGUCGUAUUGGCUUAAGUAGAUCGAAGGUGUUGUAAGUAAAACGAGGUAGAUAAGUAAUAUGUGUUUUAAAAGCACUUACAAACUUAGCUAACUAGCCAACUUUAGUUUUGCGUCUCAAAUGUGUGCGACGUAUCCCUAUCGUCUUCUUUUUCUACUUGCAUUUUUAAUUUGAAGGUCUUUCCUUGAAAUUGCGAUUUAUGCUACCUCUUUUUAUUUAAACGUCAUUGAUGUAGAUACAUGAAAUAAUGUUAGAUAGGUAUUAUUUUUAUAUCUAAAAUAAUUAUGAAUUAUGUAACUGUAAUAUUAAAUUAAGAAUGAAAAUAAAUGUCCUAAUUACAAGAACAUAAAGAUGUGUUGAUUAUUUUGGUUUGAAAUUUCUACAGCUUUCUGGCAAACUACAAAUAAAAGUUGUGAAUUAAAUAAUUUUUGUGUUUAAUAAAUAAAGCAAGAUAUAUUUCAUAAAUGUCAAUAUGUAAUGGCCAACCAAACUGUCUACGUUCACAGGAGACAAACUUGCGUUCUCCGUGGCGAAUAGGCACAAAUUAAAAGUCUACAGAAACAUCUUUUGUUCGUUUUAUUAACGAUCUACUGUCAUUCUUUGUGGCACUGAAGUAAAUUUUUAUUUGAUAUUUAGAGUUUCUAUCUAAAGUAUAAAUACCAUAGAACUAUCCCAAGGCAGAUUGAUUCGAAACGUUUACUUUCCUAUCGUACGUGUCUAGAUUUAGAUAGAAUUGACUCGCCAAUAUCGUGGUUUGUUUAUUUAUUAAAUUAUUUUAUGUUCAAACUUCAAUUGUUCAUUUUAUGCAACAGGAUUUAAUAUAAGACUGUAAAUACUAGGUAUUCUUAUUUUUAUUUGUUGAAUACAUAUUGUGUCCAAA